CUCAGAUAAAAGUCAGUCUUUCACUGACCCUAUUCUAUCCUGUUCUGCUUUCUAUCUCUUAUAGACAUGUGGCUCUACCUGGCCUGCCUCGUUGGCCUUUAUUAUCUCUUUCGCUGGUACCAGGAAAAGCAGGUGGUGAGUAACCUUGGAGACAAAUAUGUCUUCAUCACUGGCUGUGACUCUGGAUUUGGGAACCUGCUGGCCAAGCAGCUGGACCUUCGAGGCCUGAGGGUGCUAGCAGCCUGUCUGACAGAGAAAGGGGCCGAGCAACUGAGGCAUGGAACUUCAGACAGGGUAAAGACAGUGAUCCUGGAUGUAACCAAGACCGAGAGCAUCAACACAGCUGCCCAGUGGGUGAAGGAGCACGUGGGAAAUAAAGGGCUCUGGGGCCUCGUGAAUAAUGCCGGCACCGCCAUGCCCUCUUCCCCCACUGAAUGGCUGAACAAAGAAGACUUCUUGAAAGUGCUCAAUGUGAACCUCCUUGGAGUGAUUGAGGUGACUCUGAGUCUGCUACCAUUGGUGAGGAAGGCCCGUGGCAGGAUUAUCAAUGUCUCCAGUGUCUUGGGCCGGCUGUGUCUGACUGGUGGUGGCUAUUGCAUUUCUAAAUAUGGUAUAGAAGCUUUCUCCGACAGUCUCAGGCGGGAACUCUUCCACUUUGGAGUCAAGGUUGCCAUUAUUGAGCCUGGUUUCUUUAAGACUGACAUCAUCAGAAAGGAGCAUUUUUUCCAGAGCUACCAAGAGUUGUGGAAUCGACUGGACCCUGAAGUCAAGCAAUGCUAUGGUCAAAAGUUCUUUGAUAACUUUAUCCAGUCUAAUGAACGUAUACAGCAUUGCUGUAAGACAGACCUCUCCUUGGUUACCAACUGCAUGGAGCAUGCCUUGACCUCUUGUCAUCCACGUACCCGAUACUCAGCUGGCUGGGAUGCCAAGCUGCUUUUUAUUCCCAUGUCCUAUUUGCCCACUAGAUUAGCAGAUACUGUUUUUUGGUGGUGUUUCCCCAAGCCUGUCAUGGAGAGAGGGAAGGAGUAGCAAUCAUAAGGCAAGAGGAAAAGCAGUUUAUCUAAGUAAGGAAUUUGGAGUGCAGUGGAGAUAAAAUGUCUUUUCUUUUCUUUUCUUUUUUUAAUUUCUUUUUCUUUUCAGUGGAGCAAUGAGGGUUAAGUGAUUUGCCCAGGAUCACACAGCUAGUUAAAUGUCAAGUAUCUGAGACUGGAUUUGAACUCAGGUCCUCCUGAAUGCAGGGUCAGUGCUUUAUCCACUUCACCACCUAGCUGCCCUGAGAUAGAGGACAUAAAACAGAGAAGGUGUCCUGGGAGAAUAAAAUUCAAUAAACAUUUAUUGGGUGCCUAUUAUAUACAGCUGACUCACAAA